CCUCAUGGCGAGCAGCGGAGUGGAUGCCCAGACGGUGGACCUCGGCGGCAGCCUGUCUCACUACGACCUGCAUGACCACGUCCCAAAGCCGCUCGUCUCCCCCGCCGCCCCUCUCGCUCUCUCCGGCGCGUCCUGGGUCCCCGACGGCGUCGACCGCAUCAGCCGCCUCCCCGACGUGGUCCUCCACAACAUCGUAUCCCGCCUCCCCGCCAAGGACGCCGCGCGCACGGCCGCUCUCGCCUCGCGCUGGCGCCCCCUCUGGCUCUCGGCGCCCCUCACCCUCGUCGACGAUCACUUGCUUCCGGACAGUGGCGAGUGGAACAUCACCUCCACCGUUUCCCGCGUCCUCGCGGCGCACCUGGGGCCCUUCCGCUGCGUCCACCUCUCCUGCAGCAAAAUGGACGAGCAUCGGAACGAGCUGGAGCGCUGGCUCGUCCUCCUCGCCGCCAAGGGCGUCCAAGAACUCAUCUUUGUCAACAGCCCGUGGCCGGUGGACCUGUGCCUCCCUGCCACGCUAUUCAGCUCCGCCUCUCUCACCCGCCUCUGCCUUGGCAUCUGGAGGCUCCCGGACACUGCCGCCGUCCCGCGCGCCGCCACCUUCCUCAACCUCCGGGAGCUCCUCCUCUCCUUCAGUGUCAUGUCAGACCGUGAUCUCGCCUUCAUGCUUGAAAGAAGCCCCGUCCUGGAGAUCCUCACCGUCGUCGGAGGCCAGAGCGGAGAACCCGCACGCCUCCGCCUCGUCAGCCACAGCCUGCGGUGCGUCCAGCUGGGCCUUACCCGCUUGGAGGAGAUCCACGUGAUGGAUACCCCUAAUCUGGAGAGGCUCUUGCAGUGGAAUGCUGUUGGCAAGCACCACGUUAGUAGUAUUUUGUGCAAGAAGGGCCGCUCAAGGAUCAAGAUUGGACAUGCACCCAAGCUGCGCCUGCUGGGAUACCUUGAGCCAGGAGAUGAUGAGAUAGAGAUUAGCAACACUGUCAUCGUGGCUGGGACCAGGGAGAACAUUGUCCCUUCUAUCAAGAUAUUGGCCAUACGGGUAAAAUUUGGAGUCCGCAAUGCUCUCAAGAAGGUGCCUGGCUACCUCAGAUGUUUUCCAAACCUCGAGACGCUCCAUGUCCAGUCCCAUAAACAUGUUGAGACCACUGGCAAGGUCAAUUUCAAGUUCUGGCAGGAGGGCGGUCCAAUCAAAUGUGUCCUGCAGACCAUGAAGAAGGUGUUUUUCUAUGAGUUCCGAGGGUCGAGAAGCGAGGUUGCUUUCCUCAAGUUCAUCGCCGAGAGAGCUCAGGUGCUGGAGAAGAUGGUUAUUAUGGUGGCCAGUGAAUGUUUCUCUUCCGGGGAUGAUGUGUCCCCCAAACUGAGGCCCCUGGACUUUGGUGAACUAAUAGUUGAAUCAAAUGGCCUUCAGUAG